CCAAAAGGCAACAAAGACCAGCAGAGCCCACAGGAAAUUGAGACAACCAGCAAAAACCAUGGAAGAGCAUAGUUUUCUAAGCUCCACCUUCUUCAAGAACCUCAACUCUCCGAACUCGAUUCAGCAGCUUUCCACAGGGUCUGGCAUUGAGACUGUAAAAACAAAUGCAAAGGAGGAGGAUGAUGAUCAAGUGGGCACGUGAUACUGUGAGAAGAAGAUUCAUGUCAACCUCAGCCGCUGCCAUUGAUUGGUGGGAUCAUGUGGGUCACGCCCCUAAGGACCCCAUCAUGAGUGUUACUGAGGCUUUUCUUUCUGAUACCAGCCCCAACAAGAUCAAUCUUGGAGUGGGGGCUUACAGGGAUGAUGAUGGAAGACCUGUGGUUCUUCAGUGCGUUAGAGAUGGGGAGGUAAAGAUUGCGGGCACCGAGUUCCUGGAGUCAGUUUCAGCUUCAGUUAGUUCAAAACUAGUCGAGGAGAGUGUCAAGUUGAUUUAUGGAAAGGAGGCAGAUUUCAUAAAAGAAGGAAGAUUUGCGGGGGUCCAAGCUCUCUCUGGCACUGGUGCUUGCCGUCUCUUUGCUGAGUUUCAGAGGCGUUUCUAUCCUCAAUCAAGAAUAUAUUUACCCAUUCCAACUUGGUCCAACCACCAUAACAUCUGGAGAGAUGCCCAAGUUCCAGGGAGAACCUUCCAUUACUACCAUCCUGACUCUAAGGGAUUACACUUUGCUGCACUUAUGGACGAUAUCAAGAAUGCUCCAGAUCGUUCCUUUUUCUUGCUCCAUCCUUGUGCUCACAACCCAACAGGGGUUGACCCAACUGAGGAACAAUGGAGAGAGAUCUCAAAUCUUUUCAAGGUAAAAAAUCAUUUUCCCUUCUUUGACAUGGCUUAUCAAGGUUUCGCUAGUGGGGACCUUGACAAGGAUGCCAAGGCUAUCCGGAUAUUUCUUGAAGAUGGACAUUUAAUAGGCUGUGCUCAGUCCUUUGCUAAAAAUAUGGGAUUAUAUGGGCACAGAGUGGGCUGUCUCAGUGUUCUUUGUGUGGAUGCAAAGCAAGCAGUUGCAAUUAAAAGCCAACUACAGCAUAUUACUAGGGCAAUGUACAGCAGCCCUCCUGUCCAUGGCAUAUUACUGGUUUCAACAAUCUUGAGUGACCCACAUCUAAAGGAGCUUUGGAAAAAAGAGCUGAAGGUAAUGGCAAACCGCAUUCAUAGGAUGCGGUCCACUCUACAUGAAAGUCUCAAGAAGCUGGGUUCUCCCCUAAACUGGGAUCACAUGACUAACCAGGUUGGGAUGUUUUGCUUCUCUGGCUUAUCCCCGGAUCAGGUUAAUAGACUGGUGAAGGAAUUCCAUAUAUACAUGACUUAUGAUGGUCGCAUAAGUAUGGCAGGUGUGACUACAAGCAAUGUGAGUUACUUGGCAAAUGCAAUACAUGAAGUUACUAAAUUUGGCUGAGAAGCGUACAUGUAUUCUUUGAAAAUGAGGAACUUCACUUACAGUCGAUACCUUUUGGGAAGUGAUAUUGUAUGGUGUACAAACAUUUGAAAAUGAGGAAUACGAGGAUAAAAAUUGUGGCCCUUCUAUUUUGAACUGUGGCAACUAUGGAGUUAGAACAAGUCUGACUUCCCUCCAAAUGCACAAUUCCAAUGUAUUUUCUAAGCUUUGAAAGUUAUUGUUUUAUGAA